AUGGCGGCGGCGGUGAUGGUGGGGGAGGAGGAGGAGGAGGCGGCGGCGGCUGAGGUGUGCCAGGCGCUCAGCCGCCACAUCAACUGCCUCGGCAACGAGAGCAAGAGCUCCCGGCGCCGGGCGCUGGAGUGUAUCCGCGCCGGGACGGUGGAGCAGCAGCUGCCGAGCGGGGUCCAGCAGCGGCUGCUGGCCUCCCUCCUGCGGCCUCUCCUCAGCUCCCUCUCCGACCCGGCGGAGCGCUGCCGGGAGCUGGCCGUGCACACCCUGGCCGACUUCAUGCGCGCUGUGCCCCGGCCCUACGAGGCCCUGCCUCAGCUCAUCCCCACCGCCGUGCAGCGCCUGGGCCAACAGGAAAUGACCGAACCGGCCGAGGAACUGCGACUGGCCCUGCUCCAGCUACUGGUGCUAACCGUCGAGGUAUGCGGCAGGAAGCUGGCCUCCUACCUGGAGGAUAUGGUCAGGAUACUGCAGAGAACCAUCGUGGACCCGUUCCCCGAGGUCAAGAAGAAGAGCUGCGAAUGUGCGGCCAAAUAUGCAAAAUGCACAUCCGAAACUUUCCACAUGCAGUCUGAGACUCUAAUAAAACCGUUGAUGCAGACCAUCUCCCACCAGCAUUCAAAGGUCCGUGUGGCAGUCAUACAGGCAACAGGAACAGUCAUUCAGUAUGGCAAUGGAAAAUCUGUUGAUGAUGUUCUCUCACAUUUGGCACAGCGACUUUUUGAUGAUGCACCACUGGUACGCCAAGCUGUUACAGAAGUAGUGGGGAGCUGGCUGCUGGAGCUCAGAGAUCGGUACUCUUAUUUCUACAAGCUCAUUCCUCUUCUGUUGAGUAGCUGCAGUGAUGAGAUUCCUCAUAUCAGGGAGUUAGCUUCUGAUUACUGGAAGAAAAUUGGACUCCAAUGGCAACAAGAGAACGAGGACGAUCUUAAGGAUAAGCUUGACUGGUCAGCCCAACUCUCUGUUCGCUAUCCUACAGGUGCAGAACGUCCUUGCCUUGGAUGCCGAGAACUGGUAUUUCGGAACUUAUCCAAAAUUUUGCCAGCUGUUAGCCGAGACAUGACUGACUGGGUUCCUGCAACACGGGUUAAAGCUUCCCAGCUCCUGAUUGUGUUGUUACUCCAUGCUGAGGAUCACAUCACGCAGCACAUGGAACUGCUGCUCAGUGCCAUGUAUCGGUCGUGUGCAGAUGAGGAGACAUCUGUGGUUAAGAACUCUGUGAAGGCAGCGGAGCUGAUUGGAACUUUUGUGGACCCCGAGGUCUUUUUGAAAUUGAUUGUGAUGGCCCUGGAGAAAUCGGCCUGCACUGCUCACCUGAUAGUGCUGGGUGCAGUCAUUAGAGGCAGUUCAGCACAAGUGCUACACCCACAUCUGCUAAGAAUUGGAGCAACCCUGGCACUUCCUGACACAUGCCAGGUAACCCAAAAGGUGGAAUAUUUGGAACAUUUGCUUGUGUGUGUGCAGAUCUUAAUUACUGUCUGUGGUAAGCAAUGCAGUGAAAUCAAUCUACCACUGCUUAAAGUGCUGGUGACCAUUGCGUCCUUAACAUCUGACCGAGAACUGGAAAACAAGGUAGAGAAGACCUUGGCUUCCCUUGCUGCAGCACAGAACUUGAAUAACUUUUUGGAUCUGUACAGACAGCAUAUAAGUCAGCUGAUUGGAUGGGUGGCUGACACGCAGCACCAGUGGACCAGCUACUCUGUGCAGCAUCUGCAGUUCAAAACUAUUAUUAUUCAAUCGGGUCCUGUACUCGGGGAAUCACUGUGUGAAGUUCUUCCAGUCUUGAAAACCUGCCUUCAGCCCAACAGAGAUCCCGAGAUGCGCUUAAAAGUCUUCACUGUGUUGUCAAACUUAUUGCUAAAUGCCAAUGAAACUCUGAACUCUCAAGGGCAUUUCAGUAGCUACCUGGAGAUGCUUGUAAGAGAUAUUUUGGUGCCUAAUCUGCUGUGGCAUGCUGGGAGGACAGCAGCUGCAAUCCGCACGACUGCUGUAUCCUGUCUGUGGGCUCUGCUGCAUAGCAAGAUGAUUACACUGGAACAGGCUCUUGGAGUAUAUGAAGACUUGAUGCCAAAAGUGGUUGCAGCAUUGGAUGAAGAUUCAAAAAUGACUCGAUUACUGGCCUGUCAGAUUGUCAGUGCUAUUUUAAAAGUUUGUGGGAAUCAGUUGGAUCCUGACAAGCUUAAUAAAUUGUAUCCAGAACUUCUAAAACGCCUCGAUGAUGGCUUGGAUGAAGUGCGUAUAGCAGCUGCCAAAGCUUUAAAUGUUUGGUUCCAAUGUGUUGGAAUUGAUUAUGACCAGUUGUUGAUCAAGAGCCACCUUGAAUUCCUGUACCGCGGGCUUUUGGUUCAUCUGGAUGAUCCAGACAGCAACAUCCAAAAACAAUUACUUGAUGUUCUAAAAGUAGGAAGUUUUCUUUCUCCGUCGCUGCUGACACAAGAGAUUGAGGCUGUGAAACACAAACAUCGCAGCCCUUAUUACUGUGAACAGCUGCUGCAACAUAUUCAGGCACUCAACAGAGACGCCAGUUAAGUCUGGAGCCUGACGCUUCAAUUGGAGAUAUGAUACAGAUGCUGUGUAGAAUCACAGAUUCUACACAGAAAAAUAUGCACAUGGUAUUUAUAGAAAAUGGAUGAAAGGGGCAAAAGUUAUACUUGAACAUUGGUAUUAAAAUAUCUACCAUUAAAUACAAAAUACUAACGAUGAUAGAUUGGGGUUGAUGGGUAUCCAAAGUUAGCUGAGAAACAUUGGUCCAUAAUUCUUCAUCGUGCUUAAAUUCUCAGCCUUUUAAGAAAGGAAAUUAAGAGGUCUCUAGAGGACAUCUUGUAUCAAAUUGCUAGUGGCUCAUAGAAAUGCUAUCCUAAUCUCGAAGCAAUUAGAAAGAGCAGUAAGUUUUUCAAACUCUGCUUUUCCAUUGUAUGAAAUGGGGGUGUUUGAAAGAGCAUGUGUGAAGCACAGGAAGGUACUGCUCUUACAGUUUCUGAAUUGACAUUGGAGCCCGGAGUAUUGCAGUGGUGGAAAAUGCCAGAAAUACAGAGCAAGAUAGUCGGCAUUUAGUGAAGAAAAAAAAAUGGUUUCAACCUUGUGUCCUAAUGCAUCCUUUCUCUUAAAGAUAUUAAUUGGGCAGCUGUGUACAUCCAACACUUUCAGAUUUUAUUUCCAAUGUUCAGCGAUUUCUGUUUUAUUUCCCUAUUACUAAACCUGAUGCCUUAUUGUUGGAUGGUGGGGUGAUAAAUGGGAAGUUAAUGUAUUCAUUUUUCUUCUAUAUUUUUGAUCCCAGCAAUUUUUUUGAAGAAGUUUUCUGUGCAAUGCUGUUCUAUGAUUGUAGUGUCUACAUUUCUAGAAUCAUAUUUUUAUUUGCAUUUUUUCCUAUGAAAUUAGAUUUUAUUCCACCUGUGAAAAUCAGUCACCAAAUGCAGUAUUUGUUCCCGAAAGGAUUUUUUUCUCAUUGUUUCUGUUUAGUAAUUAAAUAUGCUUGCAUUUGCUGCUGUAUUUUUAGUUUGCAGUGUCAAUAUUAUGUAAGAUUUACAUUUUUACAUUGAAUUUUAUAAUUUAAAAUAACAAUAUCUUUAGAAUAUAGAAAAAAACCUUUAAUUGAAGAUUUCAACAAAGAGUUGAGUGUUUUGAGUAUCUUUACAAUAAAAAUAAAACUACAUUUGCUGUAGGCAUUUUAUACAA